UAACUGGCAGCCAUGCGCUAGGUAUGUCAAAAGAAGAUGUCAAAUGGUUACUCAGGAAACAUAAUUUAUUUAUUACUGGUUAUCGUUGAAUUUCUACUCAAAAUAAUAUUCAGUGUGAGUAAAACGUUACUCGUGGUUUUAGAGCAAAUACUAAGAAGCUUGUUAAAUGUGAACAUGACUGAAACAGCGAAAAAAAGCAAACGUGCCAACGACCCAAGCAAUAACCAAACUAUUGCAAACCGUGGCCUUAUCAGCGCAAACUGGCAGAAAUUUCUAUCAAGUAACCUAAUUUCGGACAAGAAAAUUGAAAAACCUUUGCAAGAAAACUCGAAGGAUCACUUUACGGGAACUUUUAGACGCGCACGUAAGAAGAAAGCUAAAACCCAGGUGCUUGUACGAAAUGAGCUAAAAACGCUUGAUAUCACUAAAGAAACUAAAGUUAAAGCUAGCAACAGUGACAAUAUAGCUGAUGUCGAACAUACAGUUCCUAAAAAACAGGAUAAUAAUAGUAAAAACAAAUUAACUAAAUUCAUAGCUAUAGAUUGUGAAAUGGUGGGAAUAGGAUACGAUGGAAACGACAACAUGCUAGCCAGGGUAUCUUUAGUGAACAAAUUCGGUGACUGUAUAUAUGAUAAGUUUGUUAAACCGAGGGAAGAGAUCAUAGAUUACCGAACAAGUGUGUCUGGAGUCAGAAAAGAGGACUUAAUUAACGGCGAAGACUUUGCUAAAGUGCAGAAAGAUGUGGCGGAGAUGAUUCGAGGCAAGAUUCUAGUCGGGCACUCCUUGAAGCAUGAUCUGAGUGUAUUAUUCCUCUCGCACCCUAAAAGGAGUAUCAGAGACACAUCUAGAUAUAAACCAUUUAGAAAGAUAACCAAAGGCAGCACACCAUCCCUAAAACGUCUAGCGAAAGACAUCCUCGGCAUAGAGAUCCAGCACGGAGAGCACAGCUCCGUCGAAGAUGCCCGGGCCGCGAUGCAGCUUUACUGCACCGUAGCUAAGGAGUGGGAGAGGAUGAACAGUGAGAAGAGAGGGUAUAGGAAAGAGGCUUAACAUUAAGCCAUUUGUUUUAGUAUGUCGUUUUCCUUACAGAAUUUAACAACCGGAGUCGCCUUUGAGAGCUUACUCCUCUGUCAAAAACCUUGCCCAAAUAGCCUGGUCCACACACGGUGAGCAUACGCGCGAUAUUUCCUCGCGCGUAUGCUCGCUCUGUAUGGACCCGGCUUGGUUAUACUCAUUGUAUGGACUGACAUUUAUCUGACAUGGCUAUUUGUACGUUACAUACAAAUAGCCAUACAUUUGACGUGCCCCUCCCCCGCAAAAACCGGCAGACUGUUUUGUACAGAAAAUGACAAGGUGACUCUGGUUGUUUAAUUCUCUAAGGGUCACUUGCACCAUUCACUAACCCGGGAUUAACCGGUUAAACCUGGAGUUACCAUGGUUACCAGUACAAUUAGACACUGGGUUAAGUGGGUUAACGGUUUAACCCCAGGUUAGUGGGAUGGUGCAAGUGGCGCUAAGUCUUUUUGAGACAAUUUUGUGCAUAGAAACCAAAUGGAAUGAAAUAACUUGAUUUAAGUCAUUUUACGGACAGAAUUUUACUCUCGUUGUCGAUUUUAUUUACGUCAGAUUUCGAUAAAAUUUGGUUGAUACGUAAGACCCACCAUUUAAAGAUUCCCAAUUUUUAAUUUGAAUCUUUAUUCAUAAGGAAAUUGGAACGAAUUUCGUUUGUUUUAAACAGCAAUGAAACAAAAGAAAUGCUACUUUAUUUGGUUCAUGAAAGGUUCAAAUUAGAUUGCAACGAAUAUGUAGAUUCUGAUGGACAUUUUAGUCUCAGGAGGAUAGAGUUCCCUAUUCUGUACAUAAUAAUUGCAAUCUCACCAUAUGCCCUAAGCUGUCUUCUAUUGAGUUACGUAACUGAAUAACUCAAUGAAAAAAAUUACAUACAUUUAUUUUUCCCAAAUUGGAAUUUCGUUUUUAUUUUGCCUUGAAUAAGGAGCUUUUCCAACCAGCCAAAUUAUAUCCAAUUCUAACAAAAUUUAUUCGAAAAAUAAAAAUCUGCUCUUUGUUUUUUUACCAAUCUGUAAUCAUAAUUUGUGGUUUCUAAAUAUAUUGUCAUCUCAGCUGAUGAGUGGUACAGAUGUAAAGUGUCAUUCGAUGGAACUUGCUAACUAUGUAAACAUACCGCCAUAUUGAAACUGUCAAAAAUGAUGAAUUUACUAGUGACUUUUGUUUACAUAGUUAGCAAGUUCUAUAGAAUGACACUUUAGUGCAUAAUUGUUUUCCAUCGUAUUUUCUCGGAAUCGUUCGUAUUUGUCAUGCUACUUCAGUCAACCUCCUUUUUGUACCGAGACUGACUGAAAUAGCAAGACACGUUCUUAAGUUUCCGUGAUAACACGAUGGAAAAUAAUUAUGCACUACAUCUACAUAUAAUUGAUUUUGGAUGAUGAAACUUUAGAGUUGUUAAGGUACAUUUAAUAUCAACUUUCAAAUUGUGUUAAAUUGGUGAUAACAUUCUUUAAGGCAUAAAUUAUAUAUUUAGAAAAAAGAGCUACCUACUCAUUUUUAUGAAAUAAAUAAAACUAUGCAUUGUAAUCCCACAGGUUUGGUGAUGAUACUGAUGAUUAAACCAUUUUGUAGGUGCAGCUUUUCUUGUUUUUCUUAAUUUUAGAAUAUGUAUUUUUAUACCUAUAGUAUUUCUUGACCAAGAAAUCCAUCUGCUGAUCCAGCAAACACAGUAAACAAGAUCUGCAGUUCAUGUCAUCAUUUUACAAGUUUUACAUGUACAAUGUUGCAGUGCAUGGGGCCCGUUUCUCAAAAGCUUGUAACUUGUAAUACA